AUGACUGCCAGCACAUCAGUUGCGGUGGGUUGUGCGGUGGGUAUACCCGUCGGUGUAGGUAUUAUAAUAGCAGUAUGUUUCUGGUUUAACCUACAAAAAAGAUACAAGAGGGAGGAACAAGACGAUAGAGAAUUGGAAAGGGCUAUUUAUGAUGAAAGUGGUUUCGUGUCCUUUGACAAUUUUGGACCCUUAAGAGACAGUAAAGAUGAAGCAGCACUAGCCAGCUCCGAGCUAAAAAAUCCUGAUCACACUUCUGGUUCAUCGGAAGGAUCUGCUCAUCCAGAAGAAAAAGAUGGAAAAUCGCGAGAUCAAGAGAAACCGUUAGGGAAAAAGAAUAGUAAAUACUAUGUGCCAGCAUACCGUAGGAAAAUAAAUUUACUUCAAGUACGAAAUAAUAACUACGGCAAUAAUGCCAGGCAGAAGUCCGUUGUGGAUUUACCAAGUAUAAAUAACAGCUCCAAUGUUUCCUUAUCAUCUUCCCAACGGCAUAUAACAAAGAGACAGAUCAGCGUUUAUGAUCAGAUGGUCCCUGUUAUUUCUGAUGAAGGACCAAACUUUUUCGCAGAUCCUUCCAGUGAUACUAAUACUAGCAAUGACCAAAACAAAGCUUCGAUGAUAGAACUUAAACAUAAUACUCGCCAAUCUAGUAAUGAAAAUCUGAUAAGAAAUUUGCAGAAUCAGGACUUUGGUUCGUAUUACCCAAGGAGAGCUUCAUCCUCGUUUUUAAAUGGUAACAUUUCAAACGCGUCCUUCCAUACAAGGAAUUCCUCUAUAACAUCGGUAAAUAAGCGCGAUGCCCUAGAGGAUGUGUUUGCAACACCCAAAAGUGCGGCUCAAUCACAGUUACCAAACACUUUUGAUAAAGAUAACGAAGGAAUGGAUGCUGACCACUCGGUAAAGGAUAGCAGGUCUGCAAUAACAGAUAAAGAUAAGGAUUUAUACAAAUUACAGAAUAACUAUGAUGUGGGCAAUAUCGGGGAAAUUGCUGAGGAAGAUCAAUACGAAAACGAAUUUACCAACUACUCACAGAGUAAGAGAGAGUUCAUAGAAAGUCUAAGGCCUAAAUAG